AUGGUGGAGGAGAAGAAGACGGCGUGGCCCAUCGAGGCGGUGAUGCUGCCGGCGAGUAUGGUGCUGGUGCAGGCCUUCACCAUGGGCGCCCUGCUCCUGUCCAAGCUCGCGCUCAACGUCGGCAUGGAGCCCUUCGUCCUCCUCGCCUACCGCAACCUCAUCGGCGCCAUCAUUGUCGCUCCAUUUGCCUUCUACUUCGAGAGGGAGAUGGCGAGAAAGGUGAACCCCAAGGUAUGGGGCUGGAUCUCCAUCAACGCUCUCUUCGGUAUCGUGCUGGCAAUGGGACUGCACUACUACGGCCUGCGCGCCACCAACGCCGCCUACUCCGUCAACUUCCUCAACCUCAUCCCCGUGGUCACCUUCGUCAUCGCCGUCGUGCUCCGCGUGGAGAAGCUGGCGGUGCGGACGUGGUCCUGCAAGAUGAAGCUGAUGGGCACGGCCAUCUGCGUGGGUGGCACGAUGGUGGUUAGCCUGUACAAGGGCGAGCAGCUCCACCUGUGGCCCACCCACCUGCUCAAGCACCACGCCGCCGCGGCCGCCCCCGCAGCAGCGGCGCACCACGGCAUGACCAUCGGCACGCUGUACCUGUGUGGCAGCUGCCUGGCGUACGCGUUCUGGUUCAUCGUGCAGGCCCGGGUGGCCAAGGUGUUCCCGUGCAAAUACUUCUCCACGAUGCUGGCGUGCGCGUCCGGCACCGUGCAGGCGCUGCUCAUCGGCGCCGUGAUCCACAGGGACAACCCCUCCGCGUGGCUGCUCACCUGGGACCUGCAGCUCGUCACCGUCGUUUACUCGGGCGUGUUCAACACGGGCGUCACCUUCUGCCUCAUCUCGUGGGCCAUCGCCCGGCGCGGGCCCAUCUACCCGUCCAUGUUCAACUCGCUGGCGCUCAUGGCCACCACCGUCCUCGACUCGCUGCUGCUCGGCACCGCCGUCUCCGUUGGCAGCCUGCUCGGAGCCGUGCUCAUCGUCGUCGGCCUCUACGCCUUCCUCUGGGGCAAAGGCAAGGAGAUGAUGCAACACCAGCAGCAGCAAAGUGCAGCCACCGCCACGUCGGUUGAUCACCGGAGCAACGGUUCUACCACGAACAACGGCGACGAAUGCGUCUAG